AGAUUAUCAUGGGGGAAGAGGGUUCUGUUCCAGACGCCCCUGCAUUCUGCUGAUUACCAGGUCUCGUGCCGCGUGACCCACAGAACCCCGCCCUCCAACCUACCUGCAGUAGCGCCGCGCGCCUGUUGAGCGCGCGCACUCUGCGUAAUGGCCUCGGGACAGUCAGGCAGCCCGAGCUCCCAGUCCCUCAUGGAUUACGAGACGAAAAUAUUGCCUCACCUCGGCGGGUACGGCCGCUACAACCGCGUGGUGGUGAUUUUCAGCUGGUUUCCCGCCUUCGCGGUCACUCUCAACCUCUUCAGCGGUCACUUUUUCACCUUAAUCCCAGACACUUACCACUGCAGACCCGACCCGAGCCUGCUGCCUUCCACUCUGCUACCCAGUAACUUCUCCGAGCAGAGUUACCUGAACCUCACCAUCCCAUGGGACGGGAACUCCGGCUUGAGCCACUGCGAACUCUUCAAAUACCCUCCAAAUGUGUCGGACUUGUCGGGGAAAGUGCCGCGGGAGAGGGUGUCCUGCACCCGGGGGUGGGAGUACUCAACUGUGGCAGGACUCCAGAGUAAUAUCGUCACAGACUGGGACCUAGUUUGCAAUGAUUACUGGAAGAUCCCCCUGCAGCACAUCUGCUUCAUGGUGGGAUGGAUUGUGGGAUACAUUUUCCUGGGAACAUUGUGUGACUGGUUGGGUCGACAGCGCGGUUUCCUGCUCUCAGUAGGUCUGUCCAGUCUGUGUGGGGUGAUCGUCUGCUUGUCCAGGAGCCUGGUGGCGUUUCUUCUCAUGCGCCUCUUUCAAGGCGCCACGCUUGCCGGCGUGUUUGUGUCCUCCUACAUUGCCAGGCUGGAGCUGUGUGACCCUCCCAACCGUCUCAUGGUUGCCAUGGUGGGAGGCUUCGUCUCCGUGUCUGCAGAGCUGCUGUUACCCGGCCUUGCCGUUCUGUGCCGCGACUGGCCCGUUCUUCAGGCGGUGGCCACCGUGCCGCUGCUGUUGCUGCUCUCGUAUUGGUGCUGUGCGUCUGUUUUUCCUGAAUCUCCUCGCUGGCUUCUGGCCACAGAUCAGAUUCCAAAAGCCAAGAAGAGUUUCCAGGAAUUUGCCAGCAGAAAUGGUGUUUACCUGCAGGAUGAGACCUUUCCAACAGUGUUAGCAGAGUUGGAUUCAACUUACGGAGAAGACUGUCGGCCCAGGUUCUAUUCAGUUUUAGAGUUGCGUCGGACUCGUGUCAUCUGGAAGAACUGUCUCAUUCUGAGCUUCACUUUGUUCAUCGGGACAGGGAUCCAGUACUGUUUCACCAGAAACCUGCUCAAUUACUCCAAAAACUUCUACUUCACCUACUUCCUGCGAGUGAUAACGGGGGCGCUGGCGUGCAUCUUUAUUUGUUUGUCCGUCAAUCACUUUGGUCGUCGCGGGAUGCUGCUGCUCUCCGCCAUCAUCACUGGGCUGUCGUCUCUGCUGCUGCUGGCCCUCACACAGUACCUCCAUGACGGCCUGGUGCUAGUGCUCUCUGUGGUGGGUUUGCUGUUCUCUCAGGCUCUCUCCAUGCUCAGCGCCUUCUUCGCCUGUGAGGUGAUGCCUACUGUCGUCCGGGGCGGCUGCCUGGGCCUGGUGCUUGCAGCGGGUUGCGUCGGCAUGGCCGCCUCCUCCCUUAUGGAGCUGCAGAGCAGCAGCGGCUACUUCCUCCAUCACGUCAUCUUUGCCUCCUUCGCCGUCCUCUCCGUUCUCUGCAUAAUGCUACUCCCCGAAAGCAAACGCAAAUCCCUGCCAGACUCUCUGAAGGAGGGCGAGAGCCAGCGGCGGCCGCCCCUCUUCCUGUCCCGUACCGACAGGGACAACCUGCCUUUGCUGCACACCCACCAGCCUCUGUCGGAGUAUAACCCCGACAACUACUCACGGCUGGUUUCUGCCACGAGGAACAUGUUGACCAAAGACAGUCUGCCGUACAGGAUCGCUCCUGAGAUCCUCUAAGACUGCAGUCUCAUCUCAUAACUGUAAAGACUCCUACACCAGAUCCCUCCAACAACCACUAAGAACUUGUUACAGGCUGUUCAGCUCAGCUGAGGUCCUGACCUUGGUCAGGAUACCGUGCACUUUAGAGCGAUAACAGCGACUCUCAUCAUGUUCUUCUCUCUGUGCCAAGAGGAUCAACAGGACGGCUUAGGGCAUUGUAGAGGUUUCUGGAGACCACCCGAUAACUGUGCCAGAAGUGCCUUAUUUCAUAGAUUUAAAUGUAACUUUUAUGCAGAAAGGAGUAUUUUUCAGUGGAGGAAAAAGUAAAAGCUUGUCUCUUCUGUUACAAACUUUCAGAGUUUUAGGUUAAACCUUGAUUAAAGAAAACUGAAAGGAUCAGGACCAGAAGAAACAGUCAAACCACUGGAACAAAACACUGGUGCUUCUCAUCUGUUAUGUUAUUUUUUAUUUAAUGUGAAUUGUCUUUAAAUAUGAAAUGCAAAGCAUCAAAGAUGUCACACAUGUUUAUGCUCAUGUUACUGGAACUGUUACUUUUUAAGGUCUACCUUAGUGUUGUAAUGUGCCUUCUGUCUUUAGCUAAUGUUCUGGUGUCACUCCUUCAGUCAGAUCUGUUUUUGCACUGAAUGUCAACACCAUAAAUUUGUUUUCUACA